AUGGACUCUACUAUUGAUCAAGAAGUACUCGAUAAAUUGAAAGAAGAGAGGAUUGAAGAAAUGUACACGUAUAUAUUUGGCAGAUGUCCGCAAUGUCAUAAAGUCAAUGUUAAGAGCGCAUGGUGUGAUGAGUGCGAUAUUUCUUCUCUCGUGGCGGAAUUUGAUAAGUGGACUAGCGGAAAUGAUGAGAUCGAUCGUUUUAUUCAGGAAAAUCAGCGCCAUACCGAAAAUCAUAAUACAUACAUUGAGUGGAUUCCGUUCAAUAGGUUGGAAGAUGUAAAAAUGACAACCGGCGAGUAUCCCUAUUCAGCGAAAUGGCUUGCACUGGAAAAACUGACAACCGACCGGUAUAGCUAUUCAGCGAAAUGGAUGGAUGGUCUUCGAUAUUUUGAAAAAGUUGGAAGGUCGACUUUUGCAAAGCGGAGAACUGCUCCUGUUUAUGUUUACCUUAUGAAGAUUAAUGAAUUCCAAGACAUAAGUGAAAGGACUAAAGAAGUAAUAGAUCCUUUCUUUGGUAUCACCCGCAUGCCUAACACUGACGAUUACUUUACAGAUGAAUUUGAUAAAUGGACAUCUGGAAAUAAAGAUGUUGAUGAGCUUAUACAACAGAGUCAAUUUGAGACUCCUAAUUAUUGGGCUUAUUUGGAAUGGAUUCCAUAUGAUGACUUGGAAUUUGAACAACAAGAUGAGAGGCAUAACGGGAGAACAUUGUCGGCAAUAUGGAAGACAGGAUUUAGACAUUUGCAUUCGACGGAAGAAGGAUGGAUAAAGAAAAGACUUGCCAGAUCGGAAGUGUUAGUAAGGGAAAUAGAGAACAUACGUAUAAUUUACGAGCAAGUGGAUAGGGGUGAAGUGCCCUGGUUCGAAUUCGAAGAUCAACGAAUUCAUUGCUAUGGCUUGUCUUUGCAACCACAAACCAACAAAAUCCUCAUGGUUUUUACUGAUCAGACUGUAUACUUUAGGUUGCCUCAAAAGGGUUUAUGUCCUGAAUGUAGUUCUAUAUAUACGAACAACGGCUGGUGCCUGCCAUGUAAUGCGCGGCUAGCAAAAGCUGAGUUUAAGAACUGGACUAGUGGUAACCAGGCAUUGGACGAAAUCAUCAGAGACACUCAGUUGAAAGCAGUAGCUCGCAAUCAUUAUAUGGAAUGGAUACCCAUAGAAGAUCUUAAGAAUAUCAAAGAGAUUGGAUCUGGUGGAUUUGCAACAGUAUAUUCAGCAACUUGGAUCACUGGAUUUCCGUUGGUGGAGCAGGAUCAUCACCAGUUUUAUUUCAAAUAUCGUUCAUAUCCCGGUCUAGUGGCACUUAAAAGAAUUCAUAAUUCGAGCGAAAUGCCAGAUUCACUUUUAAAUGAGGUAAAGGCUCUCUGGGAGAUGUACUGUUUUGACCAUAAAGAGAAUUUUAUGAGACGCGUUUCCACGACUUUUAUUCACAUUUAUGGAAUGUCUCGGGAUCCUGAGACCAAAGACUACAUAAUGGUCCUCAAAUAUUUUUCAGACGGUUCUCUAAGAUCAAAUCUGGCGAAAAUUUACAAAACCAUGAAUUGGCGUCAUAGGAUUAAUGUGCUUAGUAAGGUAUCUCAGAACCUUGAUCUUAUACAUAGAGCCGGUAUGAUUCACAGGGAUGUGCACUCCGGAAAUGUAUUAUUUGAUGGAUACAUGGGGUCGCUGGGAGAUUUUGGAUUAAGUUAUCCGGCAGGAGCCCCGAGAGAUCUCACAAAGAGAUAUGGAGUUUUGUCUUACAUAGCUCCAGAAGUAUUACGAAAUGAACCAUACACGAAAGCAUCCGAUAUUUACAGUUUCGGUAUGAUACUUUGGGAAGUAUGUCAUGGCAAGCCUGUAUAUGCAAAUGUACCAUUUAAUAUCGCGUUAGCUCUGAGGAUAUGUAGCGGAGAAAGGCCAAUUAUUAGCAGAAAGGUGCCAAACUGUUUGCGCGAGUUAAUGGAAAGAUGUUGGCAUGACGAUCCGCUUAUGCGACCCAAUGGUCAACAGUUAUAUCGGAGCAUUCUCGACUGCUUGCUCGUGGUUAAUGACUUACCAGAACCUGAUCAUGACAUCAAUGAAGUGACUGAAACGUACCCGAGCGAGGGACCAAGUGAUGCUAACUACGAUACGCCCAAAUUUACAAGCAAAUGUUUACCUGUUGUUGAUGACGAACUUCUUGUUGAUUAUAAAAGUCGUCAGGUUGAUAUGACAUUGGAAAUGAACGAUUUCAAUGUAUAA